AGUCCAAUAGAAACACAUAUUUCCUGUGGCCAAGAAUGUCCUGCAGAUUUGCUUGACAGUCCAGUGAAGGCAUUCUGGAUUCCAAAUUUGGUCAUUUUCCACCAGUGUAACCAAAACAUUGUGAUGAGGUAUCUUUAAACAACACAGAAUCAACGCAGCCUCUGCCAAGAACCACAUUAAAAACACUCGUGGGGCCUCUGCUUAUUUAUCGUAAGAGAAGCAGGAACCCGAGUGCCCUUUUCUUCUACUCACAAUGGCUAAAGGAAGUGCAUUCAUGAGAAGACUAUGCAUCGUUCUUAAUAUUCUCCUCGGGUUCUUAGGAGUGGUCUUGCUCCUGCUCGGGAUAGUGGCAAGCUCUUUUAAGAUCGAACCCCUGAUAAGUGGCUAUUACUGGCAAGAUGGGACUCAGAGUGUGCUCUUCAGCAUCGGAUUUGGAUUGGCUACCAUCCUGCUCUCCAUCCUGGGAGUGUAUGGAGCAUACCAGGAACAUGUCUUGGCUCUGCUUUUGUACACCAUUUUCAUGACUAUUGAAUUCAUCACUCUCUUGGCCCUGAUAAUCGUAGCCAUCCUCGCACAGCCACAGGUGGAGAAGAAAAUUGAAGAUAGUUUUGGAAACAUGACCUCACUUUAUAAUACGGAUGAAGUCUUCCAUCGUGAGCUCAACAAACUACAAGAGGAGGCUAGGUGCUGUGGUCUGAUAGAUUAUACCGACUGGAAAUAUCAGAUACCUUCUUCAUGUGACUGUCCUCAGAACUACUCAGACCAAGAAGCCAGAUGUGUAAAUGUCAAUGUGCAAAAUUAUCGGAGCAGUCAGUCGAACAAAAAAGCAGAAGAUGACUGGAAGACAGCUCAGAGUUCACUGCGCUACGUUUAUAAGACGAAUUGUGGCCUGAUCUUAAUGAGACAUGUGAAGAAUGCCUUAAGGAUCAUGCUUGGAAUAGUCUUUACUUUAGCAACUGUUAUGCUGGCUGCCGUGAUCGUGUCACUGCUCCUGUGGAAUAAAAUCAACGAGCGCUCGUCAAUCGCAGGCAUCUCGAAUGACGAAGACAGAACGAAGUAUGAACUCCAGCCACACAAAAAGGCCUGAAACACCUCAUAAAGAUGUCUUUCCUCAGCGUCUGUGCUUCCUGUAAUGUAUCACGUUAUCACGUAUCAUCCGCAGGUUUAUUCAUGUUGUUUUCGCUAGCAACAGAUGCCUCGUGCUGUAUGUACUGGUUUUAUAGCAGAUAUAUAGCAAAAUAUAGCAAAUAUCUCUUUUACAUCUUUAAAAGCUGGAAAUCCUCAUAAUAGUAGGUGCAAAUCAAACACGAAGGAAAACGGUAUGAUCUCUAGAAUACUGUGUAAUAAAUUUAAAUCGAUUUUAAAGGUUAAUUAGAAACAUUGAGAAAAUAAUUUGUAAUUGUUCCAGAUUAAUAGCAUGUCUUAUACAGAGGUAACCAUAAGGUAAUCAGAGUUAAUUCUGUAAUUACUGGUCCAAAAUUGGUUAUUUACAAGCUGACAUCGUUGCUAGUCACAGACAUAAUCCUGAAUAAUUGGGAUCAAAUAAUAGUCUUAUAAACAAAGAGCUAAUGUUUCCUAGUCUUAUUUGACAUUAUGAACAAACCCAACCAACUUGGCUUAUCUAAUGUACGUAGCAAAGGCAUGUCAAGCUUGACACAGAUGGCUUUGAUGGAGAGUGUCAGUAUUAGCAUGAAAACCGCAGCCUUGUUACCUGAACUCUUCAGAGGAGCAAGGUAGACGAACCGAAUGAUUACAGCUCUGCUGCGUUGGUCUCACGAUAGGUAAACUGUCAAAUGGCAUUGUGGUUGAACUAGACAACUGUUAACCAGUUUUAAUCAUCAGUUUUGGAAUUUAAUACUAAAAUAAAUCAGAUCAGAAGUAAUAUUAAUGCAUAGUGUCCUCAGUCUAAUUAUUAAUAGUGGCUUAUUUUUAGAACAAGAGUCACGUCAUUUAAUUCAUUAAUUCAUUACAGAAUAUCUUUUAGACAAUACAAAUAAAAUACAGCUCAUUUAAAAACACACAUAAAAAUAUCAGGCAUUUAUACAACAGGACAAAAUCCUUUUUACUUAAAAUGAUUAUUUCAGCAAAACUAUAAAAUAAAUCCUAUGAUUUAUUGUUAAACGUAACUUUUUUGCUAAAUAUUCUAUUGAUAUUCUCUAAAAUAUCAGUUGGAGCUCGUCAAUUGUCUGUAAGUAUUAAUAAUUAAAUUAAAUAAUGAAGAAGAGGUAUAUAGUAAGUACAUUAUUUAUUUAUUUAUUUUUAGACUACAGAUUCGGUCACAUGGAAUAUUUAAAACACUUUGAAGAAAUAAUUCUAAUCAAAUUCUUUUGUUACAAGUCCGCGUCCUUUCUUUAUCCCAUUAUCUGUUAUAAUUUAAAAAAUAUUUAUUUAUAAGUCAUGGAAAAUGUGCUCCUUAACUAGCAAAUAACAUGAACCAAGGUCCAGUUGGGAUACUUUGGCCAUAUAUGGAAACAGUUCAGAUGGAAGGAAUGUUGUCUGUGGGAUCGGCUGGACAGGAAAGUGAAGUGUGACGUUAUGAGGUUUAAACAUUUACUUUAAACAGAACAGACUGUAAAGUAGUAAUCACCUUCAUGUCUGCUACUGUUCACUAUUCAACUACUAUUCAGAAAAAUAUACAGCUGCUCUAUAAUUAAAUGUUUUACUUACUGACUUUUGAGGGAAAACAUUAUUGAUGUUAAAUUUGACAUACACAGUAUACAUAUGUACCGCAGUGUAAAAGAUCUGCACCGAAAGGCACAUUAUUGUACAAUCUACUGUACUGUAUCUAUCACUUUUUUCUUUUUUUUAUUCAAAUAGAAAGCAUAUGAUAUGAUGUUGCUUUAAGUGUAUACUGUAAAAAGCAAAACCAUGUGACCUGUGGUGGUGGUUCAUUAAACAACCGUCAGAUAUAAAGACCUUUUGUAUUCAAUUUCUGAUAGAAUCGGAUAUGAAAUGGUCCAAACAUCCAUAGAACAGCAGAGCGACUGCUAUCCAACCCUGCAGAAGUUUUUGUUGCAGCCCAAAAUGCUUGAACUUGCAGCUGCCAUUUUUUAAAGUGUGUUUUUUUGUACUAUUUGUUUUUUGCCGAAAAACACGAAAAAUCACAAACAGACGAUUAUUCUUUUAAACUCCUCAAACUGAGGCACAUCUGAUUAGGGAUGUACCGAUACCACGUUUUCUCUUCCGAUCCGAUACCUGAGUUUGCCAGUAUCGGCCGAUACUGAUCUGAUCCGAUACCUGUGUUCUUUUCUACCUUUAAAACUAAAGAAUGCAAACAACUGGUUUAGUUAUUAAGAUUUAUUUGUUUUUGGUAAAGAAAUACAAAAAUGCACUUAUUACUGGAUAAAAAAUAAAAACACAAGAAACCUUAAAAAAGGAUUAAUGCAGUUGCAAACAGAACUUUUAACAGUUUGUGGUAUAACCAUCUAAAUAUAUACUGCAAUUAUUAAAUUAAAUUAUUUUCUGAAGAAAAGGCAAAAUUUUAAUGUGAAUCUUAUAUUAAAACUCUUGAAACACGAUGUAAAAUGUAUUAAACAGUGAACCUUGCACCCAAAUGAGCGACAUGUUUAACGCUGAGGUAAAUGGAAAGGGCGUCUGCUAAACUUGCUGUCAGACUUGCUGUCUGCGGUUGUGCAACAUAUUUCCUGUAAAAUUUAUUAUAUUUAUUUACAUUAAUGUAGUUUAAUAUAUAAGUGUAUUUUUCUUAUAAGUUCAAGCAAUAGUUAGUUAAUUGACAUUUUUCAACCACCACGGACAUGGGCGUCGGAAGUAAAUAAAAAGUGGGCGUAUCCUGUCCCACACACAUAUAUAUAAUGGUUCUGACGCCCAUGGAUUUUAGGAGGCAGAAUGCUGUAGGUAAAAAGUGGAAUGGAGUUUAAUUUAUUAGGGCAUUCCUCAAGCGGAAUGGAUUCCACUGGCGGCGCGCUGAAAAGUGCGAUACCCAUGACCACCGAUACCCGAUCCACUUAAAAUGCUUGGAUCGGCACCGAUAACGAUCUAAAAUAUCGGAUCGGUCCAUCCCUUCAUCUGAUAUGUCUUUCUGUGAGAGCUGUACUCAUGUCUCAAAUCUGCAGAAAAUCUUUUUUUUUUUUUUUUUUUACAUUACAUGAUCCUCACGAUAUCAUGGAGCUUGCAUGAUUUUGUAUUCAUUUCUGCAGUUAGAAAAAUCACACAAUCCUGGAGGGAUUAUCAUGUCAUCACCUAGCAUUGCACAUUCCAUUGUUUUUAUUUUAUUUCCACAUUAAUUCACCAAAAACUGGUGAUCUGUGUUAAUAUUUUUGUUUAUUAUUUGUAGCGGAAUUGAACAUGAGCUAUAAGAAAAAAAUAAAAGUUAGUAAUAAAUAA